GGGAACAAUGUUAAACGCGAGAUGCAUUGCCCUUCUUUUAUUGCUCCGAGGCCACGCUGCGCACAUAAAUGGUUUCGUAGCUCAUGAACAAGUUUGGGAGCAAGACGGGUCUGGGAGGGACAAUGAAGACUUGCCACCUUUCGAUGAUCCAUCGCAAACUUGUGACGGUUCUUCAGAUCAAUUAAUAAAUAUCACCUUAACGGACACCACUGAAUGCUACCGAUUCCAAACGCCUGGUUUUAAUGAUGGCGGAUAUCCAAGGGCGACAAAUCCACCCCAAGGCCGUAGAGACUACUAUUGCGAAUACGUGCUUUUGUUUGGUGAAAAUAAUGUUACGGGGACAGUGACUGUUUUCCAAGAAGGUUUCGGCUUUGAAAGACGUCCUGAUGGCUGCGUCGAUCUUUUUGCGUUUGGUUUAGUGGACGAAGCCAUUGAUUCGGAGGAUGUUAGCACAACGCCUGGCAUGGUAUUCUAUUGCGGAACACUCUCAGAGGACAAACAACGAACAUUCGAUUCCAAUUUCCUUUCCUUUGCAAUUAGAGCCGACCGUUCUAUUAACUUCAAUGGCGCAGAUGUUCGUGUGUGUUUUGACUGAAGCAAGAAGUCAGACAGUUGCUUCUUGGAUUCGUUUAUCUCGUUUGCCCCUCGUGUGACAAUCAAAGUGUGAUAUGAAAGAUACACAAGAGAAAUAAAGCUUGC